AUGCAGCAAGCUGCUGCCACAGAAUUGCAUCCUGGAACUGCUGCCGACAUUCGCAUCACUCCUCAGAACACUAUUACAAGCCCUAAGAACGGAAUCUCCCAUGGCACAAACGAUAACGGUAGUCCUCUUCAGAUAACUGUUACCAACAACAUUGGCGGCAGUGUCAACUCAUAUGUGACGGCCCUCGACAGCAACAAUGCCCCUGUCAUGUUGCAACCCGAUGGCACUUGGUUUUACCCAACUAACCCCGGCAGUGGCACCACCCCCCAGCAAAUUGAUGGCAGUUCUAUCAAGAUUCCUCUCAACCCACAAGGUCAAACUACUACCUAUAGCAUCCCCGGUUACUGCUCCUCUGCCCGUGUCUGGUUCGCUGUUGGCGAGCUCGAGUUCUUCACUGUUGGUAAUGCCGACGGCACUUUCUCCAUUGUCCAACCUUCCCAGGUCAAUCCUGCCGAUCCUAGCGCGGGCAUCAACUGGGGCUUCAUUGAAUUCACAUACACUGGCAAUGGUGGUCUUUGGGCUAACAUUAGUUAUGUCGACUUCGUCGGCCUGCCAAUUGGAAUGACCCUUACCGAUACCAGCGGCGGAAUCCAACAAGCUCUUGGUCUCAGCGCCGACGCUGUCAACAGCGUUUGUAAUGACCUGAAGACUCAAGCCGCUUCCGAUGGACUCCCGUGGGAUCAAUUGUGUCAGUCGAUCAACGGUACCAUCAUGCGUGUCCUCUCUCCCAAUGACUACGUCUCGAACAACUCUAGCAGCGGUUUUGAGAACUACUUCACCGAUUAUAUCAAGGAAGUCUACGGAAACUUCACAAGCAGCAACCCAUUGACAAUCGAUACCCAGGGCUCCGCUGGCAAGGUCUCUUGCACAUCGGAUGGCACCACUCUCACCUGCAAUGGUGAUGAGACACCAUACGCUCAGCCUUCUGCUGGAGAUAUCUUCGGCUGCAAUACCGGUCCAUUUGCCAACACCGGUAGCGAUACCCACAAGGCUGAUUUGGCUCGCCUUUGCGCUGCCUUCAACCGUGGAACUUUCCUCCUUCCUGGUGGCAAUGUCCAGCCCGGUGUCGGUGCUGACUCUUACUACACCACUGCUCCAUGCAACUACUACUCUUCCAUUGUACACAAGUACGAGGUUGACGGCAAGGGUUACGCCUUCUCCUACGACGACGUCAACCCCAGCGAUGAGAACGCCUCUGGUGUGGUCUCUUCUGCGAACCCUCAGAACUUGGGCGUUACCAUUGGUGGCCCUACCAACAACGGCACCUCCACUCGCCGCAUCCGCCGCUACAGACAAUUCUAA